AUGAUGUUCGAUAUCGACUACAAGCUCUUCGGCGACGAGCCCGACGAUCGCGACAACCUUACUUCGAUUCCGCUGGCUAGUGCCGCUGAGCGAGCCUCCUUCGACGUUGCCAAAGAGACAGAGAUCCUGUAUCAAAUCCAUCUUUGGAACAAUCGCGACAUCGCAGCCAUCCCGAACCCCACCGGUAUACACAAGUCAACCACUGCUUUCAGGCGUGCCAGCGUCCGCUGGUGGAGCAUGACUGGGGGCUGGGAAAAUGUCGACAAGUCGAUCCGCAAAAAGUACGACAACUAUUUCAUCGCCGCAGUCAAGUUGCACAACGACAUGGUUCCUGCGGUGAACGCCAUGAUUCGCAGUGCCAAGCAGCGCAAUGCCAAAGAGAAGGCAGAUGCCGCGCUCAAUGCUGCGGCUACCGCCGCCGGCUUCAAGCCGACUUGCUCCAUCCCCGAGGUCAAGCGUCCCUUUGACGCAGCUGGCGCCACCGAGGCGCUCUACAGGGUUGCUCAGCGAGCGGUCUUCGCCAGCGGUCCCGAGAUCGAGAUGCUCUUUGAAACACUGGCCGACAUCUGGUGGAAGGAGACGGGUGGACCUGAGCGAGUCGGCAAACGCAUCAUGAGCGGCUACCCAUCCUGGUUUAUUGGCAAAUUGGAGCUCUUCAAGGUCGAUCACGAGAAAAAGGCUAGGUGGCAUUCCGAGCCUGGAUCAGCCUCUGGUUCACAGAAUUGUCGCGCCUACGACAUCAAGCGAGAGACCCAGCACCUCUUCGAGUUGGCCCGGAAACGCUUCCCUCGCGCGCCCAAUGGCUUGAAGGACCGAUGUCCUUCGAUGCAGUUGGAGCUAGGGUUCCAGAUUCAAGUGAAUCGCUGGUGUCAGAUGACAGGCGGAUGGGACAAGAUCGACCAGGCUAUUCGUCAGCGCUAUCCAAAGUGGUUUGUGGAUCAUGUAGCCGACACCAACAAGAAGCUCCCCUUGGCCAAGCUCAUGGGUUUGGACCAAUGGGCCAAGCGCACUAUCGUCAAGUAG